CCGGCGCGGCUCCGUCCUGCCCGCCCGGCCACCGCCCUGCUACGAGCGGCGGCGGCUCCGCGGGGCCGGUUCUGCCGGCAGCGGCCUGGGGACACCCUCCAAAGGUCAUAUUGAUCAUGGACAGUGAAGAAAUCCCAACUUUCUCGAGUCCAAAGGAGGAAACUGCGUAUUGGAAAGAGCUUUCCUUGAAGUACAAACAAAGCUUCCAGGAAGCUCGUGAAGAGCUGGCUGAAUUUCAGGAGGGAAGCAGGGAAUUAGAAGCUGAGUUGGAGGCGCAGCUAGUGCAGGCUGAGCAGCGAAACAGAGAUUUGCAAGCAGAUAACCAAAGACUGAAGUAUGAAGUGGAAACAUUAAAGGAGAAACUGGAGCACCAGUAUACACAAAGUUACAAGCAAGUGUCGUGUUUAGAGCAUGACCUGAGCCAGACACGGGCCAUUAAGGAUCAGCUGCAUAAGUAUGUGAGGGAGCUGGAGCAGGCCAACGACGACUUGGAACGUGCCAAGAGGGCAACAAUAGUUUCAUUGGAAGACUUUGAACAAAGGCUGAACCAAGCUAUUGAGAGAAAUGCCUUUCUAGAAAGUGAACUGGAUGACAAGGAGUCAUUGCUGGUUUCUGUACAGAGAUUAAAGGAUGAAGCGAGAGACCUGAGGCAGGAGCUGGCAGUACGGGAAAGGCAGCAAGAGGUCACCAGGAAGUCAGCACCCAGUUCCCCGACGCUGGACUGUGAGAAGAUGGAUUCGGCUGUGCAGGCAUCCCUCUCCCUGCCAGCCACGCCUGUUGGAAAAGGAUCAGAAAACAGUUUUCCUUCCCCAAAAGCUAUACCAAAUGGAUUUGGUACCAGCCCCCUUACUCCUUCAGCUCGAAUAUCUGCACUCAACAUUGUGGGGGAUCUGCUACGGAAAGUGGGGGCCUUAGAAUCCAAAUUAGCUGCUUGCAGGAACUUUGCAAAGGACCAGGCAUCCCGGAAAUCCUACGUGUCGGGGAACGUUAACAGCAGCGUGAUGAACAGCAACGGCACAAAGUACCCUCACCCCGGGCACACUUCCUUCUUUGACAAAGGGGCAGUGAAUGGCUUUGAUCAAGGUCCUCCUGGCCUGGGAGCCUCUCGCCCCUCCUCAGCGCCUGGAAUGCUGCCCCUGAGCGUAUGAGCCCGCGGGAGGUCGUGUUCGGACUUGCGGAUGCUUUUCUCAGCCCACCAAGAGAAGAACUGCUCCAGCUCGCUCCCCGCUGCCGCCCCGCUGGAACACGACCCGGCCCAUGUCAUGUUAAUACAGUUUCUGUUCCCCUGUUGCUGUAGCAGACGUGCUCUGGCUCGGCCCCAUGCCCUGCAGUGCUCCGCUGCAGGGGAUGCGGGACUCUGCUCACCAGCCCUCGGCCCGGCAGCCCUUGGCCCUCGUGUUCUCUCUUCUCUGCCGUAGGUUUGGCACCACACAAGUGUUGGCUGCUCCGCUCCCUGCCCGCGCCAGCGUCCUGCCGCUGGGGCCGUGCGGCUGCUGCCCCCCACUGAGGCGCAGCCCUCGUGGUGGAGGCGCUGGUGGCUGCAGGUCACUCACUCACGUGCAGGCACAGCUCCGGGUGCUGGGGGGCAGGGGAGGACGAGCGUGUUCCCCCAGCCCUGGCGGGGCACUGUGCACAUCACCCCGGGCCCUGCUGGGCCAGGAGGGAUGGAGGUGCAGGGGGCAGCGCUGGUGGGUGGCCGUGUCCCAGCCCCUCAUUCCCAACGGCAGAUGCCUUAGUGUGAGCAGGGCUGGCUCUGUCAGCCCCUGACAUGUGCAGGGCCGCGUUCAGCUGCUGCAGUACAUGCACGGUGCCCAUGGACCUGCAGCACAUCGUCCUCGCCCCACUGUCUCCUGCCCUGGUCACAGCCUUCCCCACACCUCCACCACAGGGACCCCAGGACAGCCUUAGGAAGCCACUGCUCCCCAUGGCCACACGCCCCUUCCCUGCCCUGUGCCCCUCACAGCCCCAUCUGUGUAACAUGCGACUGGAUUGUUACAGCGUCACCCGUGGGCUCCUGUGCCAGUGUUGGGCAACUGCUCCGUGUGGGUCUUUCAAGCAAUGUGUUUGUGCGAUUUCUGUCGAUGUGCCUCAGAGGGGGUGGAUUUUAAAUGACCAAGCAACCCCAGCCGGGCUUGGAGCAGGGGGUGCAGAACUCUGCAGUCCCGAUCAGAGCCAUCAUUUGGUUUAGUUACGAGCAUGGAGAAACCCGGAGGGAGAUGGGGACCCCCCCACCCCAUGUUAGGGUUUGUGUGCUCCUUCCUGCGUCCCCUGCUGCGAAUGACUGUUUACAUUUGUUUUAUUGUACAUAGGUUUGUAAACAUAAUACCUUUGCCUAAGGUCUUCUUUGUACAUAACUUGGGCUUUGUAGCUUUAUUUAUUCAAGAUCUAUACGGCAUGUUUCCAUAGGACAAUGUACCGGCCCACCGGGGUGACACGGAUCAUGAUGUGGUUUAACACACGAACCAAUGAGCGUCAGCUUCCAGAAAUAAAGUUCUUUUAAUGUGGA